AUGACAGACACAACAUCAUCUCAAUCGACUGCCCCGACAUCCAGAAGUACCUCCUCUACCUCCUCUACCACGACAGCAACUACAGGAUUAGAAUCCUGGCUUGUUCGACGAGCUGAAUGGACCCGAGUUCCUGAUCAGCUCCCGGAUCGCCCAACAAAUCUCCCACCUAAUAUCUCUGUAGAGCAGCGAGAUGCUUGGUUAGACGUUGUGAGCCAAAGUAACCAGCUGGGAAUAUACAGAGCACUUGUGGUUGAUCGUCGGAAAUUGAGUACACCCCUACCUCUUGGUUUUGCUAUUAAAAUUAUUGUCCAGGGUUGGAAGAACGAUGGCACUUGGCCAGAGGGAUUGGAAGCUCCACAAGACUCGGAUGAUGGUCUUUUGUAAUAACACAUACACAUACAAUUUUUUUCUUAAAAGGAAAAAAAAAACUUUAUUUACUGUAGCAUAUCGAUAAAAUAAGAAUAGACUUGCCAUCUUGUAGUAUAGCAAGCAAAGCAUCUGACGACCGUUAAAAAAAAACAAGAAAAGGAAAAAAAAGAAAAAAAAAGAGAAUCAAAA